UUCUUUUGUUUCUCUGUCUCUGUCUGUUUCUAUUCGCUAAAAAAACUUUGUGCAUUGGAGCUUUGUGUGACCACUUUCUGAUGGCCAUCAAAAAUUCCUUUGAGCAAUGAAUCCAUCUCUGACGAAAUUCUCUCCGGCAUCACCUCGUCGCCAGACGGUCAAAUCUGGCCGCAGUCCCGGAGGCCGGCGGUCCAAUUUCAUAACUCCAAUGACUCCUCUGUUGCGGUGGAAGUUGGAGGACAAGCAUGGAUCUCGCGGCCGUGGCCGACUUCAAUUCCGGGCCAGAAAGCUCGCUGCCGGCCUUUGGCAGCUCCAUUACACGGAAAUUUCAGGCGGCGGCGGCGGCGGCGACUCUCAGGGAAAUGGAGGAGGAGUAGAAGCAGAGCAGAGGUUACAGAGACGUCGUUGUUUUGAUUCAUCCAAUAAAGGAAUCCAGACUGAGACUAAGGCAGCAACAACAAAAAGGAACUAUGAAACCCCAGAGGUUGCAGAAGCGGCGUUGGGUGGAUUUUGCAGCGGCGCCGGAGAGCAACCGUUGACGGCCGCCUCCGCCGCAUCUGAUCUGAAGGCAGAGCUGGCGAUGGCCCAAACACGCAUCCGCAAGCUAGAAUAUCGGCUGCGAAAUUCAAGGAAAAAAGUCGAGCACUUGAAAGGGAAACUCGAAGAAAACAGAGCCUUAUGGAGGAGCCGAAGGCAUCUGAAACUCGGCGCCGUGGCCGACGAAUUAAACCAAGAGAGAAAAACCCGUCACAGAACUGAAAUUCUAAACGCCAAUUUGGCAAAAGACCUGGCCGAAGCCAAAUCCUACGCUAAAAAAUACAAGCAAGAAUACGAGAAAGAAAGGAAAAACAGAGAGCUGAUGGAGGAGGUCUGCGCAGAGAUGGCGAACCAAAUUGUGGAAGACAAGGUAAGAGUGGAAGCUUUGAAAAUGGAGUCCAUGAAACUGUGUGAAGAAUUGGAAGAAGAGAGGAAUAUGCUGCAAAUGGCGGAGGUUUGGCGAGAAGAAAGAAUCCAAAUGAAAUUGAUAGAUGCGAAAUUGGCUCUGGAAGACAAGUAUAUCCAAAUGAACAAACUCAUCACCGACCUUGAAAAUUUUCUGACGUCGAGGAGCGAGAAAUUGGGCGUGAUGGAGAUGAAGAGAGCCGAAUUGAUCCAUGAAGCUGCAAAAUCACUCAACAUGGAAGAAAUUGAGGGAUUCUUUUGCCAGCCGAAAAAACAGAGCCUUGUGCUGUCUCUGCUCGAGGAUUUGAAGGAAGCAACCAAAUUGGAGGGGAAAUGUCAAGAGAUCGAUAACCCAGAUGCAAACAAGUAUGUUUCUGAGAGAAAAACAGAAAAUGCUGAGAACCCAUGUGAUGAAACUUGGAAAAAGAAGGUAAUAGAUGGAACUAGUGGAAGGUUUUCGAGUGGAUCAGUGAGUCAGAGGAACUCGGAGAACCCACAUAUCAGAAGAGAAACUCAGGGGUGUAUCGAAUGGCCACGAGGGAUUCAGAAAAAUUGCUUCAAGAACAAGCAGCCUCCUUUGGACGCCAGGAUUCAAACCCAAAAAUCUCAACUACGCCAUAUUCUUAGACACAAACUGAAUUGACAAUGACAUGUUGUUUUCAAAAAGGCACAGAUUUAGAACUCUUUCAGAACUCAAAUGAAGAGAGAAUCGGUGGUAUGGUAUCUUUUUUUACACCCAUUUAAUCUUUAGUUUAUCGAACCAAAUCGAAUUCCAAAGGAAUAAAAAUCCCUCGGUGCAGUAUUAAUGAACCAAAAACAUGUGAAGAAAUAGUGACGAUUACUUUAAAUUGUUGCCACUAAUUCAAAAUUUGUUGCUGGAAUAGAAUCAUUUCGAGGAAAA